AUGAAGGGCUCAUCUCACUUCAAGUCCCUGAUUAAGAAAGGCAGAGCUAUUGUACAGAUCAUCUCAUCGCUUGCGGCUGUGUGGUGGGGGUCUCACCCCCAGUGCCUUCUUAGUAUUUACAGAGCGGUGUUCAGGGGUGCCAUAGAGUACGCCUGUCAGAUUUUCACGUGGCAUAGAAACUCCAACCUUUUUCUACAACUUGAAAGACUCCAAUACAGGGCGAUUAGAAUAGCCAUGGGAUACAGACAGUCUACGCCCAUUAAUGUCAUUUUGUGUGAAACCAAAGAGCUACCUCUUAAACUUAGAUUCGACCUCCUGAGCGCAAACUUUGUAUUAAAAUGUAUGUCUAAAAUAAACCUUCCUGUUAUGCAUAGCCUCGAACGUUUAGAAAACGCGGCUCGUACCACUUCACAUAAAGCAUAUGCGUUAAACAAAUCUUUGUCCUUUAGAAACUUCUGCUUUAAUAAAUGUGAAUUACCCGAAUUACACAGAUCUUUGUUUCUUCCGGCUUUUGAGCGCGACUAUUUAUCCCUUAUAUUCCGCAAGAAAUUCGGGGAAGUCAUAAUAAGAGUUAAAGGCCGUAGUAACCAAGAAAUCACUCAAGAAUUCCUCAGCAAACUACCUGACCUUAGUGCAGGAGCGCUUACUUUUUACACGGAUGGAUCUAGAAUCUCAGAGGAUGGAUGCGCUGGCGCUGCGACCUUCUCCCCGGAACUGGGAGGCUGCUUUAAAUACAAACUUACUACUAGUGCCUCGGUGUUCACGGCGGAGGCAUGGGCCAUUCUACAGACCCUAGUUAUUGCAUUGGACGCAGGAUCGACGAGGGUGAUCAUUUUUUCGGAUUCACGUAGUGUACUGGAGGCUAUCAGCUCAGCCAGAAUCAUCAGUGGGAACUACAUCAUCCACAGAAUCAAGCAAACAUUGCUUAAGCCGGAAUCUGAAGGAAUUGAUUGUCAGCUAUAUUGGAUUCCUGCACAUAAAGGCAUCCCAGGCAACGAGAUUGCAGACAGAGGCAGCUAA